CCUGUAUAUGCCUUCAAACCCUCGACCCUCAUCCUCUUCCUUCGCCUUGCCCGCCGCCCGAGUUCCCGUCACAGGUACCAUCCGAUGGGGGCGGCGAUGCUGACAGACCAGGUGACCGAGGUCUUGAUCCCGGUGGCCGCCGUCGUCGGGAUCGCUUUCGCGCUGGUUCAGUGGCUGCUCGUGUCGACCGUGAAGCUCUCGCCGGAGAGGCAGCCGGGGGGCGGAAGCAACGACAAGAAUGGGUACUCCGACUACCUCAUCGAGGAGGAGGAAGGGCUCAACGAUCACAACGUCGUCGUUAAGUGCGCCGAGAUCCAGAGCGCCAUUUCCGAAGGAGCAACUUCCUUCCUCUUCACUGAAUACCAGUAUGUUGGAGUCUUCAUGGCCGUUUUUGCAGUCUUGAUCUUCCUCUUUCUUGGCUCUGUGGAAGGCUUCAGCACAAAAAGCCAGCCAUGCACCUAUAGCAAGGAUAAGUACUGCAAACCGGCACUUGCAAAUGCUCUCUUUAGUACUGCAUCCUUUUUGCUUGGUGCUGUCACUUCUGUGGUAUCUGGUUUUCUUGGGAUGAAAAUUGCAACAUAUGCCAAUGCAAGAACAACUUUAGAAGCAAGGAAGGGUGUUGGAAAAGCUUUUAUUACCGCAUUCAGGUCUGGAGCAGUUAUGGGCUUUUUGCUUGCAGCAAAUGGCCUUCUGGUGCUCUACAUUGCAAUUAACCUAUUCAAAUUGUAUUAUGGUGAUGACUGGGAAGGUCUAUUUGAAGCCAUAACCGGUUAUGGUCUUGGAGGCUCCUCCAUGGCUCUUUUUGGAAGAGUAGGUGGAGGUAUUUACACAAAAGCGGCUGAUGUUGGUGCUGAUCUGGUUGGUAAGGUCGAGAGGAACAUUCCUGAAGACGACCCUCGAAAUCCAGCUGUGAUAGCUGAUAAUGUUGGAGAUAAUGUCGGAGAUAUUGCUGGGAUGGGGUCUGAUCUUUUUGGCUCAUAUGCUGAGUCCUCAUGUGCUGCCCUGGUUGUGGCUUCUAUUUCUUCCUUCGGAAUCAACCAUGACCUUACUGCAAUGUGCUACCCCUUGCUCAUUAGCUCCAUGGGUAUCAUUGUUUGCUUGAUAACUACACUUUUUGCUACUGAGUUUUUUGAAAUAAAGGCAGUGCAAGAGAUUGAACCUACACUUAAGAAGCAGCUCAUAAUCUCCACUGCUCUUAUGACCAUUGGUAUUGGAACUGUUAGUUGGAUAGCUCUUCCGAGUUCCUUCACAAUCUUCAAUUUUGGUGAGCAGAAGCAAGUGAAGAAUUGGGAGCUGUUCUUCUGUGUUGCAAUUGGAUUAUGGGCUGGCCUGGUUAUUGGGUUUGUCACCGAGUACUAUACGAGCAAUGCAUACAGCCCUGUGCAAGAUGUCGCUGACUCAUGCCGAACUGGUGCGGCAACUAAUGUCAUCUUUGGGCUUGCUUUGGGAUACAAAUCUGUCAUCAUCCCAAUUUUUGCUAUUGCUGUCAGCAUAUUUGUUAGUUUUAGUCUUGCUGCCAUGUAUGGCAUUGCGGUUGCUGCCCUUGGCAUGUUGAGCACCAUUGCAACUGGGCUGGCUAUUGAUGCCUAUGGUCCGAUCAGUGAUAAUGCUGGAGGUAUUGCUGAGAUGGCUGGCAUGAGCCACAGGAUUCGUGAGAGAACUGAUGCAUUGGAUGCUGCAGGCAAUACUACUGCUGCCAUCGGAAAGGGUUUUGCCAUUGGUUCUGCUGCUUUGGUGUCGCUUGCACUCUUCGGUGCCUUUGUGAGUAGGGCGGCAAUCUCCACCGUGGAUGUUCUCACACCAAAAGUUUUCAUUGGGUUAAUUGUUGGUGCCAUGCUGCCUUACUGGUUCUCAGCCAUGACCAUGAAGAGUGUUGGUAGUGCAGCUCUGAAGAUGGUAGAGGAAGUCCGCAGACAGUUCAACAGCAUUCCUGGGAUUAUGGAGGGUAAUGCUAAACCUGAUUAUGCCACCUGUGUUAAGAUCUCCACUGAUGCCUCAAUCAGGGAGAUGAUUCCUCCUGGUGCUCUGGUGAUGCUCACACCUCUAAUUGUUGGAACCUUGUUUGGUGUGGAGACUCUGGCUGGGGUUCUUGCUGGUGCCCUUGUUUCUGGAGUUCAGAUUGCCAUAUCUGCAUCAAACACUGGUGGUGCAUGGGAUAAUGCAAAGAAGUAUAUUGAGGCUGGUGCAUCAGAGCAUGCUAGGGUGCUCGGCCCUAAAGGAUCAGAUGCCCAUAAGGCUGCUGUGAUUGGCGACACCAUCGGGGAUCCUCUGAAGGACACAUCUGGGCCAUCACUUAACAUCCUCAUCAAGCUGAUGGCAGUGGAAUCUCUAGUUUUCGCACCAUUCUUCGCUGCUCAUGGUGGUCUGCUCUUCAAGAUGUUCUAAGGCAGGCAGGCGAACAAGGAUAAGAGGAGUUUGCAGCUUCUUCAAGAACACACUCCUCGGCCACCACCAAGUUCUGCUAUUGGUGGUAUCAACUUAUGCUUACCAUUUUUGCCUUCUUUAUCAUACAUGGGUUUUGUCUUACUGUGAUAUCAUCUAGGUCAGCACCUGGAUGUGCCAAUUAUGGUCUGUGGCCGACCAAAAUUUUCUUGUACUAGAUAGAUGAUGUUUUGAUAGCACGGUGAUGACACUUAAGUAUUUUCGAUAUAGUUAGCUGUAGUUUACCAAACAUAUAUGCUCUUCUCGUCCUAUA